GAUAAUUUUUUUGCAAGUUUCGUGUUCGCGUGCAUUUCGAGGUCGCUUUUGCUUUUCUCUAUCUCUCUCGUGUGGUAGAUUUUUGUCGUGCUUCAGAUAGGAGACAAUCCAGGACAAAAACAAUUAUCACACAGAUAGCCAUGAGUGGUUCAUUGCGUGUUCUGCUGCCUGCCGCGAGCAGAACUUUGGCGCGCAGCUCGACUGCCUGUGCGUUGAAGUACUCUGCCGCAGCAGGUCCAGCGAGGUUUGGCAAUGCCUUUCAGUUCAACGCUGUCCGAGGUCUGGCCUCCGAGGCUACUGCUGAAGCUGAGGUUGAGGAGGUCGCGCCUUUGCAGUCUCUGGAGAGCAUUAAGGAAGCUCUCACUCCUGAGGACGCUGCCAGACUGAAGUUAAUGCGGAAUAUUGGUAUCUCGGCUCAUAUCGACUCCGGCAAGACCACCUUCACAGAGCGUGUGCUUUACUAUACCGGACGAAUUAAAGCUAUCCAUGAGGUUCGAGGAAAGGACAAUGUGGGUGCUAAGAUGGACUCUAUGGAUCUCGAGCGUGAGAAGGGUAUUACUAUUCAGUCUGCUGCGACAUACUGUGACUGGGACAAGGUCGAGAACGGAGAGACAAAGAAGUACCACUUCAAUUUGAUUGACACCCCCGGACAUAUCGAUUUCACCAUUGAGGUCGAGCGUGCGCUUCGUGUAUUGGACGGUGCCGUCUUGGUUGUGUGUGCCGUCUCUGGUGUUCAGAGUCAGACCAUCACCGUCGACCGGCAAAUGCGCCGUUACAACGUUCCUCGUAUUACCUUUAUCAACAAGAUGGACCGCAUGGGCGCCAACCCUUGGAAGGCGAUUGAGCAGGUCCAGAAGAAAUUGAAGAUGCCUGCUGCUGCGCUCCAAGUCCCUAUUGGUAUGGAAGACAACCUCGAGGGUGUCGUCGAUAUCAUUGAGAUGAGGGCACUCUACAACGAAGGCUCUCGCGGUGAGGUCAUUACUGAGAAGCCUAUUCCCGAGAAUCUCAAGGACCUUGUCGAAGAGAAGCGUGCUGUUUUGAUUGAAACUUUGGCUGAUGUCGAUGACGAGAUUGCCGAGAUCUACUUGAACGAGGAGACCCCCACCGCGCAGCAGUUAAAGGAUGCUAUCCGCCGCGCUACCAUCUCGUUGAAGUUCACUCCUGUGCUCAUGGGUUCCGCGCUCGCCAACCGCUCUGUCCAGCCUGUUCUUGAUGCCGUGUGCGACUAUCUUCCCAACCCCUCAGAGGUCAGCAACGUCGGUCUUGAUCUGACUAAGAACGAGGCUCCCGUCAGUCUUCCGCCCUACAGUUCGUUGCCGUUUGUUGGUCUUGCUUUCAAGCUUGAAGAAGGCCGUUUCGGUCAGCUCACCUAUCUCCGCGUUUACCAGGGUGUGAUCAAGAAGGGUAUGACCAUCUUCAACACCCGUACCGGCAAGCGAACCAAGCUCGCUCGUCUUGCGCGCAUGCACUCUGACGAGAUGGAGGACGUUGCCGAGGUCCACGCCGGUGAGAUCUGCGCUACUUUUGGCGUCGAGUGCUCGUCUGGCGAUACCUUCAGCGACGGAUCUCUCAAGGUUGCGCUGUCGUCCAUGUUCGUUCCCGAGCCCGUUAUCUCGCUCUCUAUCGCGCCCAAGUCUCGCGAUAACGGUAACUUCUCCAAGGCUUUGAACAGAUUCCAGAAGGAGGAUCCUACUUUCACCGUUAAGUUUGACAAUGAGAGCAAGGAGACCAUUAUUUCCGGAAUGGGCGAGCUUCACUUGGAGAUCUACGUCGAGCGUAUCAAGCGCGAGUACAAUGUCGAGUGUAUUACUGGACAGCCUCAGGUCGCUUACCGCGAGUCGAUUACGGCCCCUGCUGUUUUGAACUAUACCCACAAGAGACAGAGUGGUGGUGCCGGUCAGUUUGCCAAGAUUGUCGGUGAGCUGCUCCCGAUCAAGGACCAGAAUGUGUUUGAGUCCCACGUUGUUGGUGGAAAGAUUUCAGAAAAGUUUUUGGCUGCUGUUGACAAGGGUUUCCAAGAGGCUUGCGAGAAGGGUCCGCUUAUUGGACAUAAGGUUCUCGGAGCUCAUAUGAUUGUGAACGAUGGUCAGACUCAUUUGGUUGAUUCGUCCGAAAUCGCUUUCAGAACUGCUGGUUACUAUGGUUUCCGAGAUUCGUUCAUGAAGGCUAACCCUGUGGUUCUCGAGCCAAUUAUGGAUGUUACGAUUACUGCUCCCAUUGAGUUCCAGGGUGGAAUCAUUGGAUUGAUGAACAAGAAGAAUGCUUUGAUUACCGACACCGAUAUCGGAUCUGAUGAGUUCACUCUCCACGCUGAGUGUUCUUUGAACGAGAUGUUUGGAUUUGCUACCUUGCUGAGAGCCAACACCCAGGGCAAGGGAGAGUUUACUUUGGAAUUCAAGCACUAUGCUCAAGCUUCGCCUAUGCUGCAGAGACAGCUUAUGGCGGAGUUCCAGAAGAAGGAACAGGCAAAGUAAGAGAGUGGACGUCGACCGAGAGAAUAAAAGUUUAUAGCUCUGGCUUAUUUGGUGUAUUAUAUCGUCGACGGAUCAGAGAUAGAACAGUGAGAAGACUAAUGGAAUGGUCCGGGAAUAUUUUGUUUGCUUAUGGGAUAUACGUGUAUUGAUGAACUGUACAGCUUGUUUUUUUGUAAUUUGAGUACCACUCGCCUCUCCCUGAUUCACACAAAAGUACAUAGUUUUCUUUAUUGUUUGUGUGGAGCUCUAGACGUCUAUGAAUAAAUUCUUGAGACAGUAUUAAUAAUUUUAAAGCGGU